AUCGUCUGCUUUUAUUUGCUCACAGUACAUGAUGCCAGCUGUGUUGCUCAUUUCUGAGAAAUUGUGUCGCCGAGGAAGCGAAACAGAGUCAAACAUAGAAUUUUGCUUCGAUUUUUCGAUAAUUAUUAAAUAUUCUAAUUCUGUCUGAUUCACACUAGCUCGCAAGGUUAAUUUGAUCAGGCUUCACUCGACGUUUCACCCAUUCCCGCGUCAAGAAAAUAUUCUUUUUCCGAUCAGCUGAAAAAAGAACGAAAUCGGAAAGGACAUCCGAUGAGGUAACCGAAUCUGGAAAUCAAAAAAUUCCGCAUCACUCAGAAGCAAGUAAAUAUGAGAACAGUGCCCCAAGAACAAGUGAUCCACGUGACCCAUCGUCUGUAGUCCGGCGAGUUUGUUUUAGUUGUUUGUUUUCUUUCCACGUUGAGAGCUACUUGUGGAAUUCGCACUGCCUUCAGUUCCCUUGCACUAAUCGCGAUCGACACUGGCUGGACUAAUAUUCCGCCUUAAAUAUGGAUAAGCUUUUCGCGUCCCUUAAAGGGGCGAUCAAAAUAAAAUACAUAGAAAUCGACAAUCAUGCUUUUAGACUUCAUUAUCGAGUAACGCUGCCUAUUUUGAUAGCUUUCAGCUUGUUGGUCACCAGUCGCCAAUAUAUUGGUGAUCCUAUUUCAUGCAUAUCAAAGGAUGACAUUCCUACAAGAGUGCUGGACACUUACUGUUGGAUACAUUCGACAUUUAGUGUAGAUACAGCUUGGGAUAAGGAGGUAGGUCUGGAAAUUCCUUAUCCUGGUGUUGAUAAAUAUACCCCCGGAGAGACAAGGACUUACCAUGCAUAUUACCAGUGGGUAUGCUUUGUUUUGUUUCUACAAGCCAUCUUUUUUUAUGUCCCCCGCUAUUUCUGGAAAUGCAUGGAAUCUGGAAGGAUUAAAGCGAUGAUUCUCGAUUUGAAUAAUCCUGUUUUAGGUGCUGAUAAAAAGGAAAGCAACAUGAAGCUGCUUGUGGAUUAUGUUGUGGCGACGUUUAACCGCAAUGAAAACUACAUUGCUUUGUACUCUCUCGCUGAAGCUCUUAACGUCAUCAAUGUCAUUGGGCAGAUGUAUUUGAUGGACACAUUCCUCGGUGGAACUUUUUCAACUUAUGGUUCAGAUGUUGUUAAAUUUAGUGACUGGGAUUGGGCUGUGCGCUAUGAUCCGAUGAUAAGAGUUUUCCCGAGGUUGUCCAAAUGUACCUUCCACAGGUACGGUUCAUCUGGAGAUGUCCAGAAGCACGAUGCUAUGUGCAUCCUCCCAAUUAAUAUAAUCAAUGAAAAGAUUUACGUUUUCCUCUGGUUUUGGUACGUGGUGCUUGCUGUGGUCUCUUGCAUAGCUCUCGUUUACAGAUUUCUGCUCUACAUGUCCUAUGAAGCUCGCUUCAAGACAUUAAAACCAAGAGCAGGAUUGGCUAAGGAUGAGCACAUCGAAAUCGUGCUAAGGAAAUGUAAAUUCGGAGAUUGGUUUAUCAUUUAUUUGCUGGCGAAAAAUUUACAUUCCCUUCAUUUCAAAGAUUUUAUGUCUGAAUUAUCGAGAAGAAUUGAUGGUAAACAUUUCAACGAUAUAGCUGAAGCCUAAUAUAUACUAUUUUUUCUAUAUUAUUUUCAUUUGCAAUUGGUGUUAGAGUGUCUUGUGUAGGUUCUGGAUAAUUUGUUCGUCAUUCAUGGAUAUUUUUAUAUUUCAUAAUUUGAGUGCCUGUGUAAGUAUGAUAUGUGUUCAUUUCCAUUAUUUUAUUUUGUAUCAGUGUGCAAACAUAAGUAUCGUAUAUCAAAUUUUAGAAUUCAUAAAUCCAGUUAUUGUUUUUUAUUGAGAAUAUUAUAAAAAUUCAAUUUCUUUUAUAAUAAAAUGUUUACGGAAAAAAUACUGAUUCAAAUUUAAUCAACAAAAUUA